UUGGACUUGGGACUGACCAGGGAAGGUUGUCAGGAAUGCCCACUAUCCUCCAGUUUGCCGGGUUGGUUCUGGCUCUGUCCAUCUCUGGCACAACAUCCGAGUCAGCCACUCUUCGGUUCUCGGGGCAAACGGACUUUGUCGUCAACGAGAGCAGCACAGCUGUGGUCCGGCUGGUCGUGGAGAGGGUGGGAGACCCCGUCAAUGUCACCGCCUUGGUUCUGUUGGAGGGAGUGGACACUGGCGAUUUUGAGGCUAUUACUGCUGCAGCCUUUCUGCUGUCCACUGAACCCAGUAAGACCAUCUUCAUUGCCGUGAAGGACGAUGACCUGCCUGAAGCUGACGAAACCUUUACCUUCAACCUCACUCUCCAGAGCUCCUCCAAUGGCGUGACGCUGGGAACACCCAACAAGGCCACCAUAACCAUCCUGUCCAAUGAUAACGCCUUUGGAAUCAUUGCCUUCAACUCGACUGAGGAGGUCAUCGUUGACGAACCAAGAGAAGGAAACUUGCUGGUGCCUCUAACCCUUCUCCGAGAAAAGGGGACUUAUGGGACGGUAACUGUGAACUUUGAGAUCUCCGGUGGCCCCAACCCCGCCUUUGAGGACGUCACCCCAGCAAGAGGAAAUAUCACCAUACCUCUCGGACACGCUGUUGUUCACUUCAAUGUCCUGGUCCGGGACGACCAGAUCCCUGAGGAUGAUGAAGUGUUUUCGGUGAGGCUGACGGGCGUGGGAGGCGGGGCUCUCCUCAGGCCCAACGGCAGCAGUGUUGAGCUGAGGAUCAGACGUAAUGACAGCCCACUGAGGUUCUCACACUCUGUCAGAGUAGUCCCAGAGUCUGCAGGAGUCAUCGCUCUGAAUGUGACGCGCGGUCGGCUGACCGAGGACGGGCCGCUGCUGGGCUCUGUCGACACCGAGGUCACUGUGGAUUACAUGAUAGUGAGCGGCAAAGGACUGUUCAGCGCCAGGCUCGGUGAGGACUUCCUGGACUUGCAGCCAAUCAGAAGAGUCACCUUCCCUCCAUUCAUCUACAAGACCCGCCUACUGUUCAACAUCACUGAUGACCAAGUGCCAGAAAUAGCGGAGUCCUUCCAAGUGGUCUUGCUGGAGGAGAGCGUCAAAGGAGACGCCGUGCUGGUGUCACCCAAUGCCGUGCUUGUCACCAUUGAGCCUAACGACAAGCCGCACGGCGUCCUGUCAAUCAGUAGCAGUGCGUUCAUUCAGCCAAUCAGGAUCGACGAAGACCUGACACAAAGAUUUGAGGGCAUUGUUAUUGUGAGGAAUGGCGGUAGCUAUGGCGACGUGUCUGCCAACUGGUCGAUCAGUCGGAACACAAAGGAACUUUCGCCGAUAUCUGACGACUUGACGCCUGAGGGUGGGGUGGUACGCUUUGCUGCCGGACAGGUGACCGCUGCGAUUCCAAUAAAUAUCGUGGGGGAUGAUCUACCUGAGGAGGCGGACGCUUUUGUGCUAAGGCUGCUGCCAAAUACUGUGACUGGAGAUGCUGAGGUUGACGAACCUAUGGAGGUGGUGUUUUACAUCCAGGACAGUGAUGACGUCUACGGGGUCUUCGGCUUCGACUCAGGAAGAGAGCAAAGCAUCCAAAGCCAGCCCGCAGGCCGUUUCUUGUCACUCCACUUCCUGCGGGAAGGCGGCACGCUGGGCCAAGUGUCAAUGAGUCUCACAGCCCUCUACAUUCCCGCCGGUCCAGUAGACCCCGUGCUGGCACUAGACCAGGUUCUGAAUACGAGCAGGGCUGUGAGUGUCGUCUUCUCUGGUGAACGUGUGGCCCGUGUCGUUGUGCCGAUCAGGAACGACGCUUUUCUGCAGAACGGAGCUCAUUUCUUUAUACAGUUGAAUUCACUGGACCUUGUCGAUAUCACGCCCCUGAUUCCCCCCAAAAGCCCGAGGUUUGUGGGACCCCUCAACCUCACCCUGACAGUCACCCCAGACAUUGCCAACGGGGAAAUCGGUUUCACGAGUAACGGCACCGUGGUGAUUCGUGAACCAGAGGACAGCAACGUCAGCAUUGUGAGCCUCCCGUUGCGGCGUGACGGCACCGACGGUCAGGCUGUCGUGUUGUGGAGUCUCAAGCCAAUCGGAGUCAACCGUGCGGACCUGACAGCGGAUGAUCUGACACCCUUCAGCGGCUCUGUUGUCUUCCUGUCCGGGCAGAGCGACGCCGCCAUUAACCUCACCGUCAUGGCCGACGAUACGCCGGAAGUAAACGAGACCUUGCUGCUGACCCUGGAUAGGAGUAACGUUGAAAAUCAGAUCCUGAAAGCUGGCUACACAAGCAGGGAGAUUGUCAUCAUGGAAAACGAUGACCCAGGGGGAGUCUUUGAGUUCUCGCCGUCCUCCAGAGGUCCAUGGCUGGUCAACGAGGGCGAAGCAGUGGAGCUCCACGUGGUCAGAGCUCAGGGACAGCUGCUGAAACAACUGGUGCGCUACACUGUCAUGCCUGCAGGCAACACGGAAUUCUACGGCUCGACGGGCGUCUUGGAGUUCAAACCAGGCGAGAGAGAGGUGGUGGUGGCCCUGGUGGCAAAGCCCGACGGCGUGCCCGAGCUGGACGAGACUUUCUCGGUGGUACUUAGCAGCCAUAGCAGUCCGCCCAGUCGCCUCGGCAGCCACACGGAGGUCAACGUCACGGUGAGGAGGAAUGACGAUCCCUUCGGGGUCAUCGAGUUCCUGCAAUCAGGAGCAGCAGUGGUCAUCAGUGAGAGCAAAGGCGCUGAGACACACCAAGCAAUCUAUUCUGUCAAGCGAAACCGGGGUUUCUUCGGAGAGGUGUCGGUUUCUUGGAUCCUUGAGCCAGCUGCGUCCGAAGAUGUCAGCCCCAUCCAGGGAAACAUCACCUUCAAGGAGGGGGAACAACUCAAAAACCUCACUCUUCUGUCUUUACCUGACGAGAUUCCUGAAGGCAUGGAAAAUUUCACCGUCACUUUGGUGAACGCGAAUGGCGGAGCGAGGCUGGGACACAGUGUCACUGCCAAUCUACACAUUAGAAAUAACGAUGACCCUGUCUACUUUUCUGAACCUGUCGUUGUGCGGCUUCAGGAGGGCGGCAUAGCGAACUUCAAGGUUGUAAGGACCGGUCGAGCGGAUUACGUCAGCACCGUGGAGUACCGCGUGAAACUUGGUGAUGCGUCACCAGAUGACCUCGCCCUGCUGAGUGGCGACGCGUCGCUGCUGGUGUACGACAUCGGGGAACGGAUGAAGAACAUCUCUGUGGCCAUAGAGGACGACGACACACCAGAAGCAGAUGAACACUUCUACAUUGAAUUGUAUAAUGCCACUGGUGAUGCUGUGGUCUACGGCGCAAACACGGCUACCGUGGUAAUUGAGGCCAAUGACGACGCCAAUGGCAUUUUAUCACUGGAGCCAGCGGACAAAGCAGUUGAGGAGGGAAAAAGCAAUAACUUCUAUGUUGUGCGAGCAAGGGGCCAUUUUGGGAGCGUAACAGUCCACUGGCAGCUUUAUGCCAACGACUCCAUCACUCCACUGUUGGAAAAGGAAGAGUUCACCAACACCUCAGGCGCCAUCACUUUGACCACUGGAGAACAGUCCAAGGCCAUCAUUCUGGAGGCCAUUUCAGAUAAGCUUCCAGAAUUUGACGAGACCUUCAUCCUCAGGCUGGUGAAUAUCUCUGGAGGCGCCGGCCGACUUGCUGAGACUUCCCUGAGCGCCUCGCUUGUCAUUCCCGCCAACGACGACCCGUUUGGCGUCUUCGUUAUUGCCGACAACAGUCUGGACCAAGAAGUAGCAGAAGAUGUGCUGUCAGAAGACGACAUGGCCGACGUCACUUCCUGCACCAUCCUCCGACAGCAGGGGGAUUUUGGUGAGGUGCGAGUUGCCUGGGAGAUCAUAUCCGGACACUUCCCAGAGGGACUUCCUCCGAUGGAUGACCUGCUACUUCUGGCUUCCUUCCCUGACGAGGUAGAGCUCAGGCCACGUGCCAGGAGACACCACUCAGCAACGGACGCACGGUUUUUCUCCGGACUCCCUGGAGCCUACGGGACGAUCUCCCUCCGAGACUCCCCUCCGGUCCCGGGCAACUUUACAUUCUCCGCUUGGCUGGUGCCCACAGCCGACACGGACGGCUUCGUAGUCGCCAAAGGAAGCAGAAAUGGAACUUUGUACUACGGAGUGAGGAUCCACACCAACGAGUCGCACAUCACCGUGAUGUUGUACUACACAAUCGUGGGAUCGAACCACACCCAAAUGUCCCAGGCCACUGCGGCCAAAUUUGUGGAGGAUAAUACGUGGCUUCAUGUGAUUAUUACCGUGGAUGAUGGGAUUAUUACCUUCCUCCUGGACGGGACCCCCAUUCCUGGAGGGCUGAAGAGCGUUAAAGGAGAAGGCAUUGCUGAUGGUCCUGCGUCAGUUUUCAUUGGGUCCGAUACGUCGGGCCGGCAGCUGUACACGGGCCUUCUGCAAGAUGUCCGCUUGUACAGGACCAAGCUGGACCCUGGCCGCGUGCAUGAACUCCACAGCCAGCCCGCCAAGGCAGACCUGCGCACCGUCUCGGGUUACCUACGCUACCGGCCGCUGGAGACGCAGAAGUCGUUCGUGGUGGAAGUCAGGGAUGACGACGAAGAGGAGGGAGAGGAAGUGUUCUACCUGCAGCUGGUGGCCGUGCGGGGCGGCGCUCGCCUCCCCUUCCCCAGGCCCACGGCCAUGAUUCGAGUCAUGAAGAGCGACAAUGCCAAUGGGCUUUUUGGAUUCACUGGCCGCUGCAUACCUGACACUACUGAGGAGGGCUCGACCAUUUCCUGUGUGAUCGAGCGGAUGCGAGGAUCUCUCGACCACGUUCACGUCAAUUAUUCUGUCAGCCAAGUGAGCGACUCGGACAGUCAAACACCUGCGGAGCAGGAUUUUGUCAACGCCACGGGAGCUGUUCUUUUCACGCCGGGACAGCGCUCUGAGGUACUGAACCUAUUGGUGUUGGAUGACAGCCUCCCUGAGUUGGCAGAGACCUUCCAGGUCACUCUGCUGUCAGCCCAGUCACGGGAUGGGAAGCCAGGCUCGACUCCCACCAGCGGCGCCAGCGUUGACCCCAGGGCUUCUGUGAAUGUUGUUACUGUAACAGCGAGUGACCAUCCCUAUGGGUUACUGCAGUUCCAGCCUCAACCUCCGGAGGAAGGCUUGAUCCCCCCUGCUUUGGAACCGGCGCACAUCACAGUCAGUGAGGAAGACGGGCAAGUCCGUCUGCCGGUGGCCCGGGUCCAGGGCCUGAUUGGAAGGGUGAUGGUAGGGUACAGAACAACACCCUUCACAGCGUCCAGCCCAGAAGACUACCAGGACUCCCAGGGUAUGCUGGACUUUCUCCCAGGAGAGAGGUUCAAGUUCAUAACGGUCCCCAUCAUUGACAACCCAGUCCCGGAGCUGGACAAAGCCUUCAGAGUGGAGCUCUACAAUGCUGAUGGAGGAGUGGAUCACUUUCUGCAUGUUGAGGAAAGUGGUAGUGGCGAGAGUGACUCUGAUUUCCUGCCUUCAUCCUUUUUCCACCAUGCCAGCUUGGGAGCUGCAUCCCGCAUCACAGUCACCAUCGCAGCCUCGGACGAUGCCCACGGAGUGUUUGACUUCAGCCCCGACUCUCUGUCCAUUCAUGGGACAGAACCUGAAGAUGGACACAGCUCUGUGGUUCUACAGGUGGAUCGGUCCUUUGGCGACCUCUCUAACGUCACGGUCUACUGGGAGGCCGACCCCAGCUCGAGGGGAGAACUCCUCAACCGGUUUGGAAACGUCACCUUUGCCGUCGGUCAGACAUCGGAGAACAUCGUGGUCUCCGUGGCCCAGGACGAAGUUCCCGAGUUGGACGAGAGCUUCGCCGUUUCCUUGGUUAACGUGUCCCACGGUCGUCUGGGCGUCAAGACCCGUGCGACUCUGACCGUGCUGGCCAGUGACCACCCUUACGGCGUUUUUGUCUUCUCCAACGACACAAGGCCCGUUCGACUGCCUGAAGGCGACUCGGUCGUUGUCCUCAGCAUCCUGCGACAGAAAGGCCUAACGGGACAGGUGCGGGUCACGUACAGGACACUUAGGGAAACAGAUCCAGCACCGUACCGGACACCAGGGGUGGGUCGAGCCACCGAAGGGCAAGACUUUGCUCCGCUAUUCGAGUCGGUGGUGUUCUUGGCAAACCAGAGUGAAGCCAACAUUGCUGUUCGAGUGUUGGAUGACGAGGACCCGGAGAGAGACGAGUCUGUCUUUGUGCAGUUGAUUGGCGUUCAGCUCGUCCAAGGAGGGCAGGAGAGGCUGGUUUCCAACUCCCCCUCUCUCGGCCCUGCCAUGGACAUUGUCGCCCAGGUGAUAAUCGAGGCGAGCGAUGACGCUUUUGGUGUCCUCCAACUGUCAGCUGCAGCUGUCAGCGUGGCUGAAGACUACGUCGGGCCGAUUAUAAACGUCACACGCGUUGGCGGGAUAUUUGCCGAUGUAUCGGUAAAGUUCCGGGCCGUGCCUCUGAGCGCCAGAGUCAGUGAAGACUACAGUGUUGCCUCCACCGAUGUGGUCCUCCUCGAAGGGGAAUCCAGCAAAUCCGUUCCCAUCUACGUCAUCAAUGAUGUGGUCCCUGAGCUGGAGGAGACCGUCGUCGUCGAGCUGAUCAACCAAACGACCGGAGGAGCUCUGCUGGGCGAGCUCACACGUGCCGUCAUCACCAUAUUGCCUUCUGAUGACCCUUUUGGUGCCUUUGUCUUCCGUGCUGCACCCGUCACCGUAGAGGAACCGGAUUCCGAAUCCAUUGAUGUUGCGCUGCCAAUAGUCCGCAACGCUGGCACUAUAGGGACGGUGGUUGUCCAAUGGCAGGCCACUGUCAAUGGUAAACUUGCUGUGGGCGACAUCAGGCCCACAUCGGGGGAGGUGACGUUUGCUCCCGGACAGACCACGAAGACUCUCCGAGUGGAGGUCCUAGCUGAUGAUAUUCCUGAAAUCACCGAGAUUAUCAAGAUAGAACUUACGAGUGCCAGCAACGGUGGAAACCUUGGCGCUGAUAGGUCUGUUGACAUCAAAGUGCCUGCCAAUGACAAUCCAUAUGGGACGGUCUACUUCGGCCAGUCUGUGUACCGCCUCCAGGAGCCACUGGAAGGAGUCUUUGGCGCUAACAUUACGGUCCACAGAAGAGACGGGCACUUUGGGCGCUUGCAAAUCCUGUACAGCACUGCCGAGAUCGACCCGGUCCACUCAGCUCAAGCAGAGGGCCAGAACCUACUGAUGUACUAUGAUCUCCCAAAACCAGGGGUUCCAGCCCGUCCCCCUCAAGGGUCCAUUAACAUCACCGGUCAGACGGAUCCCCUGGCGACAUGUGCAGCUGCAUGUCUGAGAGAGCGCGCUUGCCGGGCCUUCUCUCUGUCAUCAGGCACAUCCCCGCCAUCCUGUACCUGGGUCACUUCUGGGGCUGACGAACUAGAAACACAAUCCCAGGUUUUGACUUAUGUCAAAAAUGUGACCGCAGAUGCUGUCCUGUUCAGUAGCCAGGCUGUGGCGGGCAGCGAUUACGUGGCCGUGACGGCACAAAGUGCCUUUAUGGAGGCUGGGUCAGGGGAAGCCAACCUCACGGUCCUCAUUUUGACCGAUACAUUCCCAGAAAUGGAUGAAAGCUUUGCCAUACAGAUCUUACAGGUAGGACUGAUGAACGUGUCUGCGGCCCAGAAGAACCUUCCUCAUAUCGGCCAGCCAGAUAAGGCGGUGGUCACUAUAGGGUUGAACGGCGACGCAUUCGGCGUGUUUUUGAUAUACAGCGUCAGUCCCAACGCAACCGACCAGGGACUCUAUGUUAAGGUUCGAGAAGAACCUCUGGUGGUAGUUCCCCUGGUCAUUGAAAGGAGAGGAGGGAACUUGGGCACGGUUACGGUGGAGUGGAGGUUUGUUGGGGGAAAAGCCACACCAGAUGGGGACUUCACUGGAACAGGGGGCACCCUGGUGUUUGAUGGUGAACUCAAAAAGACCGUAGAGAUUGUAAUCAGAGAUGAUAUCGAGCCCGAAGACAACGAGAACCUCAUGAUCGGCCUUGUUAAUACGGAGGGAGGAAGUCGCAUCCUUCCCAGCUCGGACACUGUCAACAUCGUGAUCCUGGCUAAUGACAAUGUGGCUGGGAUUGUGGGAUUCCAUCCAGUGUCACGUUCAGUCAUCGCCAGAGAAGGUGAAAAGCUGUCCUUGUUAGUUUUGAGGACGGCCCCGGGUCUGGGUAAUCUCACGGUGGACUGGGUGAUACAAGGUCCCCUGGUAGACCGGACCUUCACUCGUACUUCCGGCGGACUUUUAUUUACUGAGGGAGAGCUGACAUACACACUGGUUCUGCAGCUUGUUGAUGAUGUCACACCAGAGGACAAGGAUGAAUACGUCGUUUCCUUGACCAACAUCCAAACCUUUGGCGUCGCCGUGCCAGGACAUGCCAGUCUUGACGUUCAAGGAAGUGAGGCGGUGCUGACGGUGGACACCAGCGACGAACCGUUCGGCUUGUUGAGCGUAGCGCCGUCAUCCCUCAAGGUGACCACGGAGGAGCGAGAGCACACCGUGAACGUCUACAUCAACAGGGAGUUUGGAGCCUCAGGAGCUGUGAAUGUGACAUAUGAGGUUCUCAAAGGUUCCCUGCAGGACCUUUCCCAAGUAGAAGGAGCUCUUGCCGAGCCAGGACAAGACUUCCGAGCUGGAAGUGGCUUUGUGAUCCUUCAGGAGGGUCAGACGUCUGUGGCCAUCCCUGUCACCAUAUUGGAGGAUGACAUUCCAGAGUUGCAAGAAUACUUCCUGGUCAACGUUACAUCGGCGGUGCUCAUCACGACCCUCGCCACCGUCCCACAACUAGACACUCAGGGUUUGGUGGCCGAGGUCAGCAUCGCUACGAAUGACGGAAUCAGAGGCGUCAUUGAAUGGACAAACACAAUGUUCGAAGUGAAUGAAACAUUAGGGAUUCUGACGCUGGUGGCCUACAGGAACAAGGGCGCGCAUGGGAAUGUUUCUCUUCUCUUCUAUGCCCAAAACCUGGAAGCUCAGCAAGGCCUGGACUACAACACCAGUGAAACGAUGCUCCAUUUUGUCAAUGGUGAAAAACACAAGUUUGUAGAGGUACAGAUCAUUGAUGAUGACAUUCCCGAGGGAGCUGAAAGAUUCCAGCUGAUACUGUCUGAUCCCUCACCAGGGCUCGAGCUCGGCAUCAAUACCACAGCCACUGUAAACAUACUGGCAAGUGAUGAUGGACAUGGUGUCAUAUCUUUCAACACCAGCGAGCCUUUCCUACUAACAGAGCCGACAUCUGAGUCAGGCCUGAGCGAGAGUGUGGCCUCCCUCCGUGUGGUCCGGAACCCCGAGGAGGGCACGUUUGGUACCGUGACGGUCCAGUUCACCAUAACAGAUGCCAAUGGCAGCCUCGCAGAUGGCGAUCUAAUGCCAGCCCAGGGGCUUGUGGUGCUGGAGGAUGGCGUCAAGUUGAAGAUGCUAGAGAUCCGAGCAGUGCUGGACGCUGAGCCUGAAGCGAAUGAGACUUUCACAGUGAGCCUGUCCAACCCAACAGGGGGCGCACGGCUCGGUGACCAAGUGCACGCUUUCAUCACUGUCCUGGAGAACCUCGCUCCCUCUGGCUUGUUCUGCAUCAGACCCACCCUUGAAAGAAGCAAGACAGAAGUGCUGGCAGACGAAGGAGGUGGCAGCGUCUUCCUCACCGUGUCUCGCAGCAACGGCCUGGAAUCCACUGUCAGCGUGGAGUGGGAGACUCAGUCCCGCACAGCUGUUGCUUUCGAGGGCCCUCUCCCGAUGAUGGCUCUGUACCAGAGCUUUGAGGACAGUCCAACCUCUGCUUGGUGCGACCUCCCUGGCAUGCCGUCUGUGCUGGCUGUGAGGCUUGAUCGGAGACCCGCCGUGGGAUCCUCCCACACUUUGGCCACCGUUUAUCGCUGGCAGGGUGUGUUUGUGCCUGUGGAGUCCGCCAGGAUUCAGGACCCGAGUUCUUGUGUUGGCUUUGCAGUGAGGAACAGCACCUACGUCGCCAUCACGCACGGCGGCGCUCCCUUCGCCCCCGCAGCCAACCUCAGCAUCCUCAAGCUGCACAGGGACCUCAACGUCACGUUGGAACAAACCAUAGGCGUGGAAGCCUUGCAAGUGAAACACUUUUCCACUGAAGACGGGGAUUUUCUCAUAGCAUCAAGUCAGAUUUUUGUUUGGAGCGGUAGCUCCUUCACCCUCCUGCAGACGCUUGACUUUGAGGACGACAUCAUCAGUGUGACUCCGUUCACCCGUGCAUAUACGGUCUAUUUAGUCCUUUGUCUGAACCGUGAGACGAGCGGGUGCCUCCUGCUUCAAUGGUCCAACGCGAGAUUUGGGAAUCCACAACCUCUCCCUGUCUCGGGCAGGACCAUCCAGGUGGAGACAGUCCAGACAAGGACAGAGGACACAAUCUUGUUGCUUCUUCUUCAAGGUGUGCCUCCUUCCUGUGAAGUUCUCCGGUGGAGAGUCGGGCAACCUUCGCCGGAGUUGGUUCAGUCCGUUCCUCAUCCAGGCCUCACCUCCGUGCAUCCUUUCACCACGACGUCUCACCUCACUUACCUCCUCCUGGCUGGUGGAAACAGCUCCUCCCUCUACUCCUGGAGGGCUGACCUCAACUUCUUCUCGGUCUUACUCGAGUCCCCUCCGGCUACGAGAUUCCUCUCCUUUCAAGUCCCAUCCCUCAACACCACCAAGACAAUCUUAGCUUCUUCUGAGGAGAAGCGCUCCAGACUCUAUGAGUUCACGUCCGUCUCCAAUCAGUCGGACUUCAUCCCCAGUUUUGGCGAGCUGCAGUUUCUACCCGGCGACAGCCGACUCCAGAUCGCAGUGAACGUCAUCGACGAUGAUGUUCCUGAGCAGCAGGAGCACUUCCAGGUCCGCCUGAAGAAUCCGAAAGGCGGGGCAGAGAUCGGAUUCGGCGGUCAGGUGACCGUGGUGGUUCCCAGCAACGACAAUGCCCAUGGAGUGAUCGGCUUUGCUAAGAGUUCCCUAUCGAUGGAGGUUGAAGAGCUGGAGCAAAACCGUCAAAUCUCUCUCGUUGUGGAGAGGAGACGGGGGACUUUUGGCCGACUGACCGUUCACUGGCAGGCCAACGGGAAUCUGGCGGACAUUUACCCCACUUCUGGAGUGGUAACCUUCUCAGAGGGCCAAUCAACCGCCAUCAUCCCGCUGGCUGUGCUCGCAGACGACGUAGCGGAACUGAGGGAAAGCGUCGGCGUCACCCUGAUGGACGUCACCACCGUGGGGUUGCGGGACUUCCGACAAGCGGCGGUUAUCGACGAGCUGCGAGCCAACGCUCUGCUCACCAUCCCGCCCAAUGGCUCCCCCUACGGGGUGAUCGGAUGGCAUCUGGACUCUCGCAUUACCGUCACGCAAGAACCGCACGGCUCUCCACUCAAUGUGACUCUGACCAUAGUGAGGGAGCGUGGCUCCUCUGGGGAUGUGGCAAUACAUUAUGGCACCAGAGCGGCGUUGCACCAGCCUCCAUCCAACAUGGCCGCCGCUGGUCAGGACUACGUUGCCCAGGACGGCACCCUCACGAUGACCGAGGGGACAACUGUGGCCCUCGUGGCCAUCACGAUCCUUCCAGACGACCUUCCAGAACUAGCCGAGCAUUUCCUGGUCAACAUCACAGGCGUGGAGCUCGUUAGCGGGCAGGUGGGAGCAGACCAGCCCACUGUGAAGAGAGCCGGCAUGGAGGUCGCUGAGGUCACCAUCCGGGAGAAUGAUGACCCUCGAGGGAUCCUGCACUUUGUUGUGCCUGAGCAGGGCGCGCCUGCCAUGAUGGUGGCCCAUGAGAUGCCAGCAGCUGACAACAUGGUGCACCUGAGAGUGGUGCGGCGUGCGGGUGUUACGGGAAGACUGGUGGCCUACUGGGAGGCUCAGCCCCUGACUGCUCUUCGGGAGGAUUUCAGCCCCUCAUCUGGCAACGUCACCUUCCAAGAUGGCCAGAGAGAAGCCGUCAUUGCCAUCACCAUCUUGGAUGACGAGCAUGCGGAGGCUUUGGAGGACUUCAGAGUGACUUUACUGCGUGUGAUCGGUGGUGCUCGACUUGGAGAUGUCACCUCUGUGACCGUCAGCAUCCCAGCCAACGAUUCACCUCUCGGACGCUUUGGAUUUCAGCAGUUGGAGGUUCUCGUUCGUGAGCCAGAGUCUGUUGACGAUCCAGCUGCUGACGCGCGACUGGCAGUGUUGCGCAGCGGAGGGGGCGAGGGGGCAGUGACCUUGGUGUGGCAGCUGGAUGGCCGAGCUGUGAAUGACCUUUCGCCUCUCAACGGGACCCUCGACUUCACUGAGAAUGAAUCAAGGAAGACUUUUGUGAUAAGAGCCCUUGCUGACAGCGUACUUGAAGGAGACGAGCUCUUCACCGUUCAGCUGUUUCCUGCCAGUGACACCGGUGCUGUCAUUGACCCUAUAAACGGCUUGGCGACCAUCACCAUCCUGGCAGACAAGGCUGCCCUGGGCAUCAUCGGGCUGGCAGAGUCGGCGAGGAGCAUUUUCAUCGGAGAGCCUGAAGGACCUUACAAUGGCAGCGCUGUUGUCAGCCUGGUGCGUGGCCCGGGUGUGUUGGGGGACGUGCAGGUGCGUUGGAACAUCACUCCCGCUGAGGUGGCGGAGUUUGAGGAGCUAUCUGGCACAGUGACCAUGAGGGACCAGCAGUCCCUGGCUUCUUUUAUUCUGACGGUUGUCGAUGAUGACUUUCCUGAGGAGCGGCGUGAUUUCCAGUUAACGCUGACGUCCAUGACGCCAGGACUGGACGUCAGUCCCACUGCACGCCAUGCCAGGAUCAUCAUGGCAGCCAGUGACAACCCCUAUGGCCUCUUCUCCCUCAGCCAGCAACAGAUCCGUGCAAUCGAGGAGGAGCAAACUGUGAAUGUGACAAUUAAUCGCUCAUUAGGCACUCUGGGCGGCGUUUGGGUGAGCUAUCAGACCUCAGGCAGCACAGCUGUCAGUGGUGAGGACUUUGCUUCAGCUUCAGGGCGAUUGCUCUUCACCCCGGGCCAGACGUCACAAGACGUCCCAGUGCGUAUCCAUGACGACAGUCUUCCGGAGGGACCUGAGAUGUUCUUCUUUAACAUUACCGCCGUGGAUUUGGUAAACAUCAGUGGCGUGGACUACACAGUGAAAGAGUUCGGUCUCCAGCUGGACCAACCUCCACUCCUUGGUGACGUAUCAUCUGUUGCUGUAGUAAUACAGAAGAAUGACAAUGCUGAGGGUGUCCUGGAGUUCAGACAAGACUCUGUAGACACCACCGUUGAAGAGCGUGCAGGCUUUUUGUUGGUCCCGGUGGUGAGGAGAGCCGGUUCUUAUGGAACCGUCUCAGCCGAGUACAUUUCCACUGGCCUGAGUGCGACGCCCGGCCUCGACUACAUCUUGAACAACGGCUCGGUGACGUUCCUCCAUGGCCAAGAGUCCAGUUUUGUUAAUGUUACCAUUUUAGACGACAUGCUAAGUGAACGUGCGGAGGUGUUUGAGGUGUUGCUGGUUGGAGCUACAGGGGGAGCGGUCCUCGGCUCCCACAGAGUCGCCAGAGUUACCAUCGACAAGAGCGACUCCCUUGGCGGCGUGGUGCGGUUCCUCAACGAGAGCCUGAUCGCCAUCGUCAACCCGGACGACACUCGAAAACUCACGCUGGUCUUAGAGAGGACAGGAGGCUUUGUUGGCGAUGCAGAGGUUGCUUGGUUCAUCCUUGGACCAAACAGCAGAGAGACCCUCCCUCGAUCCAAUACGGAUAUCGGGGGGCCUUUGAACGGCUCGUUUGUCUUUAGUGACGGCGAGGAAGGCCAACGUGUUAUUGAGCUGCGGAUCCUCCCUCACGGCCAAGUGGAAAUGGAGGAGACAUUUGUGAUAGAGCUCAGUGUUCUGUCAGGGAAUACAGACAUCCACUCUCAGGCUGGCUCUGUAACUCUGAAGAUUGAAAAAUUUGGGGACCCAAACGGUAUCGUUCGGUUCACUGAGGAUGCUCUUCAAGAACGUAUCUACAGUGAACCCACAGAAGCAGAGGGCUCCAUCAACAUCUCCUUACUCAUUACACGUCGAGAAGGAAUCAUGGGUAAUAUAACGGUCCACUGGCAAAUACAAAGCCAAUCUGACAUAGCUGAGGACUUCCUGAUAUCUUCUGGCACUGCACUGAUCCGGGAAGGCCAGAGGGAGGCUGAAAUAAUUGUCAGUCUAAUGGCGGACUCUGUGCCAGAGCUGGAAGAGCUCUACACAGUUCAACUCACAGACGUGGGAGGUGGUGCCGCCCUGGAUGCCAACUCACACUUUCUACGCACCCAUAUUAGGGUGCAAGCUAACGACGAUCCCCGCGGUGUCUUCUCCUUUAAUCCCGAGCAACAGUCCAUCGCAGUCCAGGGGUCAGGGUUAGCGCUUCGGAGAGUCCUGCUUAUGAACGCAACCCGGCUCGCAGGGCUGUUUGGCAACGUCAGUGUAGGCUACAGGAUCAGCCACGGGACAGAGGUGGUGUUGGACAUGGCGUCCGAAGGACAGCUGUUGUUCGCUGAUGGACAAGCCUUCAGUAGUGUCACCUUCCCCAUCAGCAACCAGGUCUUUUUGUCAUUGGGUGAGAGUUUCUCAGUAGAGCUCACUGAUGUAAGGCUUUUGAGUCCCUCGCUUGGCACACCACCGCCCCGCCUCCACCAUGAGUCCAAUGUUGCCGUGGUGACUGUACCAGAGGAAGCUGCCAGCUCAGAGAUGGGUUUUGCCUCUCUGGCCCUGCACGUUUCAAGCAUUGAAGCGGGGCAAUGCGAAGCCAAGGUGACACGAAGAGGAUUAUUUGGGGAUAUCAGCGUGCAGUGGAGAGCCGGGUAUCCUCCGGGACUAUCUCCACCUGGUUUUAGAAUUGGGACUAUCAUACCGAGUUCAGGCUCACUGACAUUCUCCCACGGAGAGAGGACGAAGGUUAUACCUCUGGCAGCUGUGGCUGAUGCAUCCGUGCCAACAGCACAUGCGUUGUAUCUUAGUGCGGCUUCAGGCGGCCUCGCCAAGCUCAGGUCAGGCUAUACGGUGGCAGAAGUGGAGCCAUUGGGCAUCUACCAGUUCUCCCCCGAGUCCCGCCAACUGGUCAUCGAGGAGGACACCCAGACUAUAACGCUCUACGUCCAGAGGCUCUACGGUUCCCGUAGCAACAGAACUCGCCUGUCUUACACAACAGUCGCCGGCAGUGCAGCUGCAGGAACUGAUUUCAUCGCCGUGCCAGACGGCCGUUUGGCUUUUGACUCCGCCCGCCAAACCAACACUUCCCUCCACCUUUCAAUCCUCGAUGACUCCCUUCCAGAACCGGACGAGUAUUUUCACGUCAACCUCACCGAUGUCGAGGUCCUCACUCCAGAUCGGGUUUGGAUGGACGACGUCCCUCGCCUAAACCCGCCUCACAGCCUGGCGACCGUCACCAUCCUGGCGAGUGACGUGACCAGCGGGGUGCUGAGUAUCGGACCGGGACUGGUCCAAGUACCUGAGGACGAGGACGAAGACGGCCAGCAGGAGCGGAAGGUGGUCCUGAGGGUGCGCAGGUCAGACAGUGUGGAUGGAGAUGUGCGAGUUCGAGUUCAAGCAUACGGAGACGGAAGCACACGGCCGUUCCCCUUCGCCCACGAGCCUUCUCAGAAUUUAGCAAAAGAGAAUCAGGACUUCCACUUGGAGUCCAGCGUCGUGCUCCUGCAGGCCGGCCAGAACGAGGCACAGGUGAUCCUCUUCAUCCUGGACGACUCCGAACCAGAAGGACAGGAGGUGUUCUACAUCUAUCUCAGCGAUCCCGAGGGAGGGGCUCAGAUCGCUGACGGUCCAGUUCAGGGCUUUGGGGCUUUUGUCAAAAUCACCAUCCUGGGGAGCGAUUUCCACAACGGUAUCGUAGGCUUCAGUUACAGUUCUUUGACGGGCCAAGUUCUCGACGAAGACUCUGAGAAUAGAACAGUCCAGCUGUCCCUGCAGAGGCAGCAAAACAGAGCCUUUGAGGAUGUGCAGAUUUUCUGGAGAGCCACUUUCAACAAAGCAGCACUAAUGCUUGUCAGCAAUGGAGUCGACCUAAGCAAAGAGCUGGUGCACACGUCAGGAUUUGUGCUCUGUAGAAAAGGAGAGACAACGUGUGCUUUUACUUUGGAGGUCCAGGAUGACGAGGAACCAGAGUACCAUACAUGGUUCUUAGUGGAACUCUUUCAAGUGGGUGCAGGCGCCACCAUUAAUGAGACGAGUCGAUUUGCCAACGUUACCAUGGCAGAGAGUGACGAUCCACGAGGCUUUUUGUUCUUCGCUGUCAGCCACAGACUGCCCACCGCCACUCCAACCACCACAAAACUCAGUCUACAGGUGUACAGAAGUGCACGCACCGCUACUGCCAUGUCUGUACGGUAUCGCACUCUGGAGCUUCCCAGGGAGGAUGUGUUUGGACCGUAUGUAAUCCAUCCAGCUAAAGCCGGAAUGGACUUCCCUCGGCAGGACGGCAUGCUGAACUUUGACCCAGGAUACCGCAACGCAUCUCUGGACAUUUAUCUAACCCCCGACAUUGCGUCACCCUUACCCAGGCCUAAGCGCUUCCAAGUGGAGCUGUUCGACGCCACAGGGGGCGCCAGAGUGCACCCGGAGUUCGGCCUGGCCAACGUGACGCUGGUGUCCAAUGAUGCCAGUGCAGCGAUGUGGGCCCUCCUGGGGACCUUGCAUCAACCUCUCAAUAGGACCAUACUGAACCAGAUGUUGCAUGGACUCAUCGAGCGGGCGGCGACUAUGUUGUCUUCAGAACAGAUGACGGCAGUGCUUGAAGCUCUGGAGAAGGUCCUUGCGUUGGCCGAGAGCACCUCUAUGCACCAAAGCAGCCGCAAUUUGACCUAUGACCUGCUAUGCACGUUGGUUAACCACGGCAGAGACGACACGAGGGGCCUGAGCCACCUUGCACACGUGGCCGAACGAUUCGCCUUCUCCCUCCUGGCACGCAGUGGCUGUGACAUAGGGGGUUAUAUCCUGGACACGUGUGCACACAUGUCCAUGUCUGCCUUCCAGUGGUACCCCACGCAAAUCAAUGGACACAAAUUCCGGGGUCGCAAUGGAGACUUCUUGCAGCUUCCGGACACGUUGCUGCCAGUGCCGGCCGCCAUCACCCCCGACUGUGGCAACCUCAGCCGCAUUCAGAUGAUCGAGUUUCAAACUGAACUCUGGUUUCUCGCCAAUGACACGACAAAUGCCCUCAACGGCAAGGUUUUCUCAGUCAGCUUACAGGACAGGAAGUCAAGGCCCCUUGGAGAUGGUAUAGAGGUGAUAUAUCGUAUCCACACUGCCGGUCAGCCGCUCAAACCAGGACGUUCUAUGUGCCUUCUCUGGAACCAGACUACUUCAAGCUGGUCGUCUGACGGUCAGUACUGCAGGCUUGUGAAAGAGAGCGGGAGCUAUGUGGAGUGCGCCUGCUCCCACAUGUCCGUCUACACGGCCUAUGCCCAGUUUGCCCCCCUGGCAUCAUACGACCAGGCCUUCUAUGCCUCAGGGUUCAUCUGCAUCUCUGGCUUUGCACUAGCUGUCAUAGCCCACGUCCUGUGCUCCCGUUUCCCAAUGUUUGCUGCCAAACUGCUGGUUCACAUGAUGCUGAGCUGCCUGGGGACACAGAUCUGCUUCUUGGUAUCAGCGUUCCGUGGCCGGGUGUUUUCUGAGGACAGCUGUGCAACUCUGGCGCUCUUCUCGCACUAUUUCCACCUCAGCCAGUUCUUUUGGAUGCUAAUACAGGCGGUGAACUUCUGGCAGGUGCUUGUGAUGAACGACGAGCACACGGAGCGCCGAUACCUGAUCUACUUCCUGUUGGGCUGGGGUCUUCCCGCCCUCGCCAUCGUCACCCUGGUCACCGUGCUGCUCGGAGGCUUCGGCUGGAGCAUCCAUGCCGUCUAUGGGUUGGUGCAGGGGGAAGUGUGCUUCAUCCCAAACAUCUAUGCAGCUUUGUGCACGGCCGUGCUGGUCCCUCUAAUCUGCCUGGUCGCCGUGCUGGUCGUCUUCAUCCACGCCUACCAGGUCUCUCAGCAGUGGAAGGCUUAUGAUGACGUCUACCGCGGACGCGCAAACAGCACAGAGGUGCCAUUGAUCCUCUACCUGUUCCUGCUGGUCUCGCUGGUGUGCUUGUGGGCAGGACUCCAUAUGGGCUACCGGCACCCGUGGAUGCUCGUGGUCUACGUCGUCUCCAACUGCCUGCUGGGUCUGUACGUGUUCAUGGUCUACUUUGUCAUGCACAACCAGCUGUGUUGGCCCGCUAAAGCUACUUACACGGUGGAGAUGAGCGGCCAUGACAGUCCAGACUCCAGCUACCAAGGGGGCGGACCCACCACUGUUGGGGCGGACAUCAACAAAUCAACACAAAACCUCAUCAGCGCCAUGGAAGAGGUAUCAGCAGACUGGGAGCGAGCAUCACUAAGGACCAGUACUCAGCCCACGAGUGGUUUCAAGCCCAGUCCAGGGACGGGGGCGUACACCGCGGAGGGUGGCUUCAUAAACCCCAGCCUGGUCACUGCAGAGGAGGAGUCGCAGGAGUUUGACGACCUCAUAUUUGCCUUAAAAACAGGCAGCGGCCUCAACGUGAGCGACAAUGAGUCCAUCCCUGGCAGCCACGAUGGCGGCAGCGUCAGCAGCUCCCAGAUCGUGGAGCUCAGAAGAAUCCCCAUCGCUGACACACACCUCUAACCUUUUUUUUCUAGCACAACACAGUAUUUUUAUACCAAGACAUUUGUUUGCACUAAAAUAUUGUUUUUUUUGUGGAAUAGAACUCUUUCAUGUACAUCGGGGGUGUCCAAAAUGUGGCCCGGGGGCCAUUUUCGACCCGCAGCUUGUUUUUUAGCGGUCCAAAUGUAAAAAUGUAAGAUAAAAUAAUAUGAACAUUACACAAAAAAAAUUAAAAAAUGCAAUUUUGGGAAAUAUUGCAUUCGAAAGCUGAACUUAAAUGCUACCAUUAGCAUGCUAACAGUUAGAAUUGUCAAGUACCAAUUCGUAUGACUCUGCUGUGUUGGGCUGUAAAACUAGCAAAAAAAAUUAGCACCCUAAUGUAAGUACGCAAUAAUGCUAAUGUUAGCAUGAUAGCAAUUAGCAUGUGUUAAAUACCAAGUUACAUGACUCUGAGGUGUUCGGCUGAAAAUAGGCCAAAAUAUUUAGCAUGCUAAUAGUUAGCAUGUGUCAAGCACCAACGUAUAUGGAUCUGAGGCGUUUGGCUGCAAAAUUGGCUAAAAAGGUGUGCGCACUAAUGUUAGCAUGCUAACAGUUAGCAUGUGUCAGGCACCAACGUAUAUGGAUCUGAGGCGUUUGGCCGCAAAAUUGGCUAAAAGGGUGUGCACAUUGUCAAAUACAAAGUUGUGUCUGAGGCGUUUGGCUGCAAAAUUGGCUAAUAAGGUGUGCGCACUAAUGUUAGCAUGCUAACAGUUAGCAUGUGUCAAAUACAAAGUUGUGUAUGAGUCUGAGGCGUUUGGCUGCAAAAUUGGCUAAUAAGGUGUGCACACUAGUGUUAGCAUGCUAACAGUUAGCAUGUGUCAAGCACCAAUGUGUAUAGAUCUAAGGCGUUUGGCUGCAAAAUUGGCUUAAAAGGUGUGCACACGAAUGUUAGCAUGCUAACAGUCAACAUGUGUCAAGCACCAAUGUAUAUGGAUCUGAGGCGUUUGGCUGCAAAAUUGACUAAAAAGGUGUGCACACUAAUGUUAGCAUGCUAACAGUUAGCAUGUAUCAAGCACCAACGUAUAUGGAUCUGAGGUGUUUGGCUGCAAAAUUGGCUAAAAAGGUGUGCGCACUAAUGUUAGCAUGCUAACAGUUAGCAUGUGUCAAGCACCAAUGUAUAUGGAUCUGAGGCGUUUGGCUGCAAAAUUGACUAAAAAGGUGUGCGCACUAAUGUUAGCAUGCUAACAGUUAGCAUGUGUCAAGCACCAAUGUAUAUAGAUCUGAGGCGUUUGGCUGCAAAAUUGGCCAAAAUGGUGUGCACACUAAUGUUAGCAUGCUAACAGUUAGCAUGUGUCAAGUACUAACUUAUAUGACUCUGAGGUGUUCGGGCUCUAAAAUUGGCCAAAAAAGUUAGCAUGCUAGAAUGCUAAAGUUAACAUGCUAACAGUUAGCUUGCGUCAAAUACAAAGUUGUGUAUGAGUCUGAGGCAUUUGGUUACAAAAUUGGCUAAAAGAGUUAUCGCAUUAAUGCUAGCAUGCUAACAUUUAGCAUGUGUCAAGUACCCAGUUAUAUGAGUUUGAGGUGUUUGGCUGCAAAAUUGGCAAAAAAAAAAAGGGUUAGCAUGCUAAUGCUAGUAAUGCUGCAGCACGGUGUGAUUGUUUUGGUCUCACACUACUGUAGCAGUGGCAUUUUCAGUUCAUUUACCCGUUUUUAUGCUUGAAAAUGCUUAAUUUAUGGCAAAAUUGUGUAGAAUGUGCUCUGUUACCGGUAACACAAAGCUCAGAUAUGGCUGUUGUGUUUAGAUCAUUUAGCACAAUGUUUUGGUUUUACUGUCUUUAACGUUCAAAUGUAUCAAAGUGAUCGUCAUUUUUUUACGCGGCUCUUGCCGGAAAAAGUUUGGACACCCCUGAUAUGGAGCUUUGAGCUCAUUUUUACAGUUCUUACAUGGCUGCAUGGACUUGUGUAUCAACAUGUUGUACUAAAUGAAGUGAGUGUAUAUCUGGGACGUUUUGUAGCUAUUAACUAAACAUUGUUAUUAAAUUCUGUCUAUUUUAAA